GAUGAGACGGAAGGCAUGGAAAGUUCCAGCUGGUUCGAGAACCGUAGCGAACAUCCUGCGCCGGGUGUCCUUAGCCCGGUUUCAUUCAUCCAAGUUGUGGCCUUUUUUGCGCCUUCCGGAAGAAAUGUUUCUCCCCCUGCUUUCGAUUGCUCUUGUGGUAGAGGAUUUCAGGUUUGGAGGGAUGCUAAGCGAAGCUGCAGCCGGUUCAUUGCAAGUGAUGGUGUGGCCGAGGACAGGGCCCCGCGGCCGGGAGGCAGCUCUUCGUCCUCUGUUCUGGGGCAGCCAGAGACCGCUGCUGCUUUGAAACGUACGCUAGAAGCCCUGAUGGACAGAGGGGCGGUAGUGAGGAACCUGGAGAAUCUGGGCGACCGAGCACUGCCUUAUAAGAUUUCCGCCCACAGCCAGCGGCACAGUAGAGGAGGGUAUUUCUUGGUGGAUUUUUAUGCACCAACAACCGCUGUUGAAAGCAUAAUGGAACAUUUGUCUCGAGACAUUGAUGUGAUUAGACCGAAUGUUGUAAAACACCCUCUGACCCAGGAAGUAAAAGCAUGUGAAGGGAUUGUCCCAGUCCCACUUGAAGAAAAACUGUAUUCCACGAAGAAGAGGAAGUGAGAAGAUUUACCAGAUUAUAGCCUUAUAUUUAAUUCUCUCUCUUUUGAGUACCAUGGCUUAAUAAUUUACAGACUUGGCCCUGAUAUAAGAGUGUGUACAGGUGCCAUUUGAUUUCUCGAAGGUAUUUUAGCUCUUGGUCUCCGGUGCCAUGAGAGGUGGGGGAAGGGCUCGGCUUGGAGCCGCUUUGUAAUCUGUGGGACCAGCUCGUCGUUCUUGAUUUCAUUUCUUCAUGUACUUUCUUGGUCGGUGAGGGCUUUGCCCUACAACAGUGUUAACACCGUUUUGAAGAGCAGAGCUUCAGAAAACUGCCUCACGCUGCAAGCUCAUCAUUCAGGCCAGUGAACCAUGCAAAAUAAAAAUUUAAGAUCACUGCAUUUAUAUGAGUAACUUUUGACCAGAAUAAUAAAAGUAAUUGCAGAAAAAA